CCGCAGUCUUCCCGAGCUUUUCCCUUCCGAACUUUUUUUCUUCUUUUUCUUUUUUCUCUUCCUUUCACGUCACUCAUGUCUUUUUCUUAAAUCAUGCGGGGCGUCCAGAUAUUUUCGGGGAAUUCCCACCCCGGCCUCGCAGAUACUAUCUGCGAGCGUUUAGGCACUGUGCCUGCCAAAGCUAACCUAGGAAAAUUUGCCAAUGGCGAGACCAGUGUCAAUAUCGGUACCUCGGUGCGGAACCAGGAUGUUUACAUCAUUCAAAGCGGUAGCGAGAAGAUUAACGAUAGUGUUAUGGAGCUCCUGAUCAUGAUCUCAGCGUGCAAGGGUGGCUCAGCGAAGUCCAUUACAGACAAUGCUGACUCUCAAAUGAGAUAUUUCCCAUACUCGCGCCAAUCCAAGAAGAAGAGUCAUCGUGGUGCCAUCACGGCCCGCAUGCUUGCCAAUCUCCUCACGAUCGCUGGCGUGGACCAUGUGAUCACCAUGGACCUGCACGCAUCCCAGAUGCAAGGAUUCUUCGGAAAGCCGGUCGACAACCUCUUCGCCGAACCCUUCAUUGCCCGCUGGCUCCGGAUGAAUGUUACCGGCUGGAAAGACGCCGUGGUAGUUAGCAAGAAUGCUGGCGGAACCAAGCGAGUCACCUCGCUGGCUGAUACUUUGAAGCUCAACUUCGGUAUCGUGACGACGGAUCGUCGGCGUCCGAAGGUCCCUGUGGCCACUAUGUCCGAUAGCACGGUCUUCUUCGACGCCGUUGAUGAAGAUCCCAUCUCAACCAAGGAAGCACGGCCUUUCGAACUUCAUAUGCAUAGCUCUAACAGGACACCUGCUACACCUCCCAUUCCGGAAGAGCCAGAGCCAGUCACCCCCCCUCCUGAGCGGUAUCUUCUGCGCCCUGAAACCCCACCUGCGGCUCGCCGCCCAUCGGAGCUGGAAGCAGCAUACGAAUACACGGACGUGCGUGUGCGGGAUGUGAUCACCGGUCGCCUGGUCCAAGGUCAAUUGGUUGAUGAUGAUUAUCAUAUCAACGAAGAGUCACAGUCUGGUGGCACCACACCGGGAGGUGGUAGCAGCCAUGACAACACAGAGGCUAUUCCUGAUUCUAUGAUUAACUCCAUGAUCUCCAACGUCUCAUCGCAGCCUCCUGAUCAUGCGCUUGGUGGCUCAUUUGAUGCAGUGGAGUCUGACGACGAAGCUAGUGUCUGUGGCGGCCAUGUCGAUGAAAGGACCAUCACGCUGGUGGGUGAGGUGCGUGAUCGGUCUGUCUUCCUUGUCGAUGAUAUGAUUGACAAGAGCGGAUCGUGGAUCGCGGCUGCAGAGACUGUCGUCAAGCGCGGUGGGGCCAGCAAGGUUUACUGUAUUGCCACCCAUGGAUUGUUCGGGGAGAACUCCUUGGAUCAGAUGGAAGCUUGUCGCUCAAUCGACCACAUUGUCGUGACCAACACUUUCCCGAUCUCACCGUCGAUGUUGCGGAGAUCCAAAAAGUUGAUUGUCAUUGACGUAUCGAGUCUAUUGGCAGAGAGCAUCCGGAGGCACCAUUAUGGCGAAAGCGUCUCGGCUCUCUUCCACCUUAACGACUGAUGAGGCAUAUGGCAGUAACGAGGAAAACAAAAUAACGAAACCAAGCAAAGAGAGACCUAGAUACUUUCUCUAGGGCGUUUUUGCUUACUGAUGUGCAGGUUCCCCUGCAACCGUUGAUGACAUGAUACCUAUUUCCUAUCAAAUGAACGACCCGUUCUGGAGCUUUCCCCCUUCCUUGUUCCCCGGCUGUCCUCCCCGUUGCCACUCUGCCGUUCUCGGCCUCGUAAAGUGAUCACAUCACGACCCCUCAAACCAGCGAUGCAGUCCACUCUGGGUUCUGCAGGAGCAUCUCGUUUUCCACAAGGUGUUCUUAACGGAGCGUUGGCAGAUUAAAUUGGAUCUUGUUUUCUUACUUCAUGUUGUGU